GACACAUUCUCUAAUAAAUCAAUUGAGCUUAUAAUUGUAACAAUAUAAUUAUAAUUCUACAAUUAAAGCCAUUUACAAACGUCGCAUAGUUUUUUUGCCGUCUCUUUAAAAUAAUCAUUCGUGAAGCUCAAAUAAAGUCAGAAACAACGCAAAGGCAAAAAAAAGAGAGAAAUAAAAAACGUGGAAUAAAAUUUGUUGAUACGGAUCAGCAAUUAAGUUCCAGUUUGCAACGCAUUUGGUUUAGUCGCUCGUACGUUGGGGCUUUGCCUUUGGAUUUGCUAAUUAACACAUCGCUCAUUAGCCCGAUAGAUCAUUUGGUUGAGCGUUGACACCUCUUUAAGAUGUCUGCUUCGAAGAAUAACCAGAACCUCAAUCAACUGGCAUCUGGCAAUGACAGCAUAAUGGUUGGAAUACUCUUUAAUGAUGGCGUCAUUAUAGCCAUCACCAUGACAAGCCAUCUCAUAUUCUAUUUGGAUGAUCGCAUUUACUGUUGCGGCAGAAGCACAGGCUACGAUCACGACUCAUUGGUGGAAGUGGCAACCGAACUGGAGGAAAUAUCAUCGCACACAGUCGGCUACAAGGGAGCGUUGGUGGCUCAAGCAUUGGAACUACUCACAAAGAAGUAUGAGAAUCUCCAGGAUUGCGAACUGCUGCUGGCUGGUGAGGAUGUUUGUGGCCUGCACUUGUUCACGGUAACUUCCGAUGGCUACACGGGCGCGUGCUUUGCAGCCUUGGGACCAGGAGCCGAUGAGGCCAACGAUUACUUGGCUAACAAUUGGAAAAAAGAUAUGAGCCUACAAGAGGCUGAAUCUCUAGUACGCAGAACCAUUGCCAAGAGUAGAGGAUACAAAGCCAAAGUUGAUCUAUGCAUCGUAUUCAAGAGUCACUAAAUAUAAAUGAUCUGCAUUGUAAUGGUUCCUAUAUGACUGAUUAUUGUAAAACUUAUUGUACCAACAAACAAUUUGUUUUGGUUGAGCUUGAAGCGAAAAUAAAUUAGUUGUUGAUGCUCAGCUGGCCCAGAACGUAAUGUAAAUAAUUAACAACAUUUCUCAGAGAAUUGCCUGGGCCUGGUUCUGUACGCUAGAAUAGAUUAUCUGCAGCUUUAAUAAACGUCCUGGCUCGCUCUCUUCUUGGCCCAGAUGACUAUCGCAUUCGCUGGAGCCCAUUGCAGGUUUAAUGGCAAACGGUAAAUGCAGACUGGCGCCCAUCAACAGGCCCCAGCAAAUGGAUUCUCUUAUAAGCAACUCGAUUCCAUGGAUGCAGUAUAUGAAGCACUAAUCGCUAUGGACAUGGGACAUGGGACGACCAACGCACAACGCACGAAUGAACCAAAGCAAAGCGACUUUUCUACGAAAUGAAAAGUGGUAUAGUCAAGAUCAAAAAUCCACUGGCGCCCUGGAGACGACCCGCUGUGUGGAUUAACAUGAAUUUAUAUGUGGCAUUUGAAUGUUUCAUAUUGGCCACGAGUCGACUUCAGACAUCAGACUGCGAAUUGAGAGAGACUAAAAAUGGGUCUGUGCGUGACCAGGUUUCAUUUUUAUUAGCCUCGUUAUCCGCUUGAGUCGUGGCCAACGUUGCCAACAUCGUGGUGUGUGGUCGUUCCUCCAUUUACAGCACCUGGGUGGCAUUAUGUUGUCAGAAUCACGACUCUCCUCUCCUCCACUGCCCGGAGCACAGAGAUACUAAAUGAUUUUGUGCUCCAAAUUGCAAAUGAAAGAUCAUUUUUUGAGGUGUCACUAUAAUAAUAACUUUAAUAACUUAUCAUGUUCGAUUGCUACAAUUAUAAGAGACGUUUUUUUGUAUUAUCUUAUA